CGUCAUUUCGUCAUGUUGCAUGGGAGGAUGGGGGGAGGAUGGGGGAAGACGGCUUCAGGUGAGGGCAAUGUCCCUCCAUCUUUGAUCUUACAUUCAAGGACGAAGAGCACGCCUGUAAUGCCGUUGGCCUGGCAUGGCAGGUUCCUGCCUGCAACUGAGGCCCACCGUGAGGUCUGAUUGUCAGAACAGUCGGUGAAAAGAAGCGGCGAUGGUAGGGCAAUCGCUGUGUGUGCUCAAGGAUGGCAGAGGAGGUGAGAGUCCCCUCUGCACAAAUUCCACGGAGGGGCAGGUCGGUGGUGGUGCAAUUGACCUUACAAGGUGCACGAGAAGCGGUGGGGGCAGAAGCUGGUGUCAGUUCAACUCAGGACGUUGUUGUCUUCAACACAGGGGAGGGGUUUUAUGCAGUUGAAAAUAGUUGCCCCCACAAGGGCUGGCCCCUGGCUGGAGGUUCUCUUGAAGGAUGCGAACUUCGAUGUCCCUGGCAUGGGUGGUGCGUAGACUUAAAGACUGGCGAGGUGACAGAUAUGGAGGACAUAUGCUGCUCUAGAGCAUGUACUAUUUUUCGUAGGCCGAAGGGGAUCUCUACAUUUGGUGUGCGCAAAGAGGGCGACUCUUUGGUGGUGACAAAGAAUGAAAGGACAACAAACUGACCACAGCUUUGUGGAUCAGACCUAUGGCAUUGCAAAUAUAGUCCCUAGAUGCCGCGCUCGCUUGCCAUACUUUGUAGUGGAUAGAUUGAAAGGCGCUUAGAAAAUUGCUCGCAGUAUUGCCAGGAGGGGCUAACGGUUGCUAGAUCAGUGAGACAAUCACUGUAGUCAGAACUCGUCUGGUUUUAAAGCAGGGCCUCUAGAAUGAUUGAUAGUGGUACUAUACAUUGCUUCAGGCAAGCUAGAUGCAUGGAAGCAACUCUCCUUUCGAGCUCAUUAUUAUUGGGGCAAAAGGAUGAGAAUUAAUAAUAUGAACUAGUCCAAGUGUGGUGAUAGGCGUCGUGGACUCAAGCCGAGUGCGAUAGUCACUCUUGCAAUUUAAGUAUGUGCCAUACAAGCCAG